AUGGCUGACAUAUUGCCUGAAUGUCUCAUUCAAACAAUACUCUGUUUUCUUAGUUAUAAAGAAGCAUCCAAGAUGAGCAUUCUCUCCAAAACAUGGCUGCAAGCAUCGUCGACUCUUCCCGGCUUGGAAUUCUGUCUUCAUAGUGUCAAAUGCAAUAUAAAGAUAGUCGACACAAUCAUGGAGAGAUAUAGGGACGGAAAAGUCCCGAUAAAAAAGUUUGAAUUAUCAGAGAGCAACUCUUAUGGUCACAAAGUUUUACCUCCCAUUCCUAUUGAUAACUGUCUUGACAUUGCACUUCAAAAUGGUGUAAAACAUCUUGUCCUUGACCGUAUAUCAUACCCCACGCCUAUUUUAACAAUCUUGGCAGCAAAAUCUUUAAGAAAAUUGGUUCUUGCGUAUUAUACUCUUUCGUUAGCUAGUAGUGUUGUGAAUCAAAAUUCUUUGAGAAAGCUUUCUCUGUCUCAUGUAGAAUUAAACAAAAACAUGCGUCAGACUAUACUCAAUAGUUGUCCCUUGAUUGACACUUUCAUCUCUGAGAAUCGUAUUGGCUUGGAAACGGCGUAUCUUCAAAAGAUCAAGUCAGUUUACCUUAAGGUCUUGAAGAUUUGGUAUAGAAAGGGCAUAUUGGAGAUUGAUGCUCAAAAUUUGGUGUCAUUUGAGUACACGGGGAAGCAAAUUCCUGAAUCUAAAAUUGCAAGACAGUUGGAGCACUCAAAAAUCUCUCUUUACAGCUUAGACAAUAUAAAUGCUGACUGGUUUUGUAAGUUGAGAAAGUUUCUAUCAAAGUCGCCGGCCUCUUGGUCUCAAGUUUCGAUUCGUUUUGAAGAAUUCACUGAGAUUAAAAUGUGUUAUAGAAUAGUUGGUGCUACCACCCAGGUGGAUGUUUUAGAAGUGAACGUUCUAUUUCAGUAUAUGGAGUGCUCUUCCUUUGUGGAUGCUUUGUUAUGGAGUUGUCCGCCUAGGAGACUCAACCUGCAACUAAAACUAAAUAUGUUUACAGCUUUCAGUGAUCGUUUGAUGUAUAUGAAGAAUUCUACUACUCAUGGAACAAUCAGACCUUGA